AUGUCCAAUAAUAGUGAAUAUUUGGUUGUUUGUGUGUACCCCAAUUGUCGUAUGAGAAACAGCGACAAUAGGGUGAUAUUUGAGUGUGAGAAUUCGUUACUAUUGCACACUCGAUGCAUAAGUUUGUUGUCUGAGUUAAAGAGUUUGAUAUUGACCAACCUUGAUGGCAUAGGGAGAAGAGAGAUCGGAAGGGUGGAGUACAGGUUGCUAGCAUCGUUGGGUAGUGGAGUAUUCCGAUUUCGACUAUUUCGGCUCCAGGGUGACGAGCAAGUGCGACUCAUGUUUGACAUCCAUGGGAGAAUCAUGGCGGAACAAGUGAUGGAGCUUUCUGCCGAGGUUGGUGAUGUUGGUGGUGGUGGUUUUGUACACUCGACAUUUGUGCAGGAUUACCCACCUCUUGCACCACCACCGAUUCAUGUUUCUAGUUCAGUGAAAGACAUGGAGGACUGGAGGUGGGGGAGGAAGACUUCGACAAAGAUGCAUGAUAAAUCUCUGUUUUCCAACACCGGGGAAGAGUAUUACAACCUAGAUGGUUGGGUAGAGAUUCGGGCUGACCACAGAUUCAAAUGCCGAGAUGCAGUAAUGCAGGGUGUGAAGAACUAUAGUAUUCGCAGAAGUGCUGAGUACCGAGUGGUCAAAUCAGACCGAUUAAAGUACCAUGUGUAUUGUCGUCAAGCUGCAAAUGGAUGUCCAUGGAGUCUCCAUGUUGCGCUCCGACAGAACCUCGAAUACUGGUGA